AUUAUUCGAUCUGCAAGCAUUAUUGUCCCUCCUGACAAUAUCACUGUUCUCCAAAUUUCCUUCCAGUCAAACGUUAACGUCGACGGAAAGCUGGCCAAUCAUCGCAACGCCGUUUCACAUGGUCGAAGCUCUUCCGUGACAACCUCACCAUAAUAGCACGAGCACCCGAAACCCUAAGACACCCGCCCCGGAACCCUCCAGCGUUCAUAAUGGCCAGCACAAAGCCAUUGACGAUGCUGGCUCGCGGUAGACCGACCGCGUACAUUCUCAGGGCAUCGCAAUUGCCGUCGCGAUUCCCCUCACCCGCCAUCGCCCUCUUCUCAACCACAACCCCUCGAGCCGCCACCCCAGCCGGUCCACCACCGCCCGGAUUCCGAUUACCACGUCCGAAGCGAUGGGAUGAAGGAGAAAAUGCACUGGACAAGGCCGGCAAGUACUUCUUACUGCUUGAGAUGUGUCGGGGGAUGUAUGUUGCGCUGGAACAGUUUUUCCGUCCGCCAUACACAAUAUUCUAUCCCUUUGAGAAAGGCCCCAUCUCGCCCCGCUUCCGAGGCGAACACGCUCUGCGACGAUACCCCACAGGCGAGGAGCGCUGCAUUGCUUGCAAGCUGUGCGAGGCGAUCUGUCCUGCGCAGGCUAUUACAAUUGAGGCCGAGGAGCGCAUGGAUGGCAGCAGAAGGACGACAAGAUACGAUAUUGAUAUGACCAAGUGCAUUUACUGCGGACUAUGCCAGGAGAGCUGCCCUGUAGAUGCUAUCGUUGAGGGACCGAACGCCGAGUAUGCGACCGAAACCAGGGAAGAGCUGCUCUACAACAAAGAGAAAUUGCUCGCAAACGGGGACAAGUGGGAACCAGAGAUCGCUGCUGCGGCUCGUGCAGAUGCGCCGUAUCGGUAACGGCGAGCAGGCCAGCCCCAAAAUGUGUACAUAUCAUAGGAG